UAUACUUUUUGAGGGAGUAGUCUUGAGGCUGGAACCAUGCAUUUAUUUUAAAUGUAAAGUCUAUGUCUGAAAUGAAUUACUCCUCCAAGUGAAGUGGACAGAACUAAACCAUGGAGAAUGUUACUUCAAUUCCAGAUAACCAGACACUUGGUCCAUGGACUGAUUAUAGCAUGGAAUACAAAGUGGUCAGCAUAUUAUUUGUGAUCCUCAUCUGUGGGAUCGGAAUAGUUGGAAACGUUAUGGUGAUACUAGUUGUUCUUACAACCAAACACAUGCGGACACCCACCAACUGUUACCUGGUGAGUUUGGCGGUGGCCGACCUGAUGGUCCUGACCGCGGCGGGACUGCCGAAUAUUACAGAGAGUUUGUAUGGAGGAGGCUGGGUGUACGGAUACGUCGGGUGCCUUAGCAUUACUUAUUUCCAGUACUUGGGCAUCAACGCGUCUUCAUGUUCCAUCACCGCUUUCACCAUUGAGCGGUACAUAGCCAUCUGCCACCCCAUAAAAGCGCAGUUUAUGUGCACUCUGUCAAGAGCAAAGAAAAUCAUAGUGGUCGUUUGGGCUUUUACCUCGCUCUACUGCGUCAUGUGGAUUUAUCUCUCUGACAUGAACGAGUUGAUUUAUGACAAUAUUACCAUGUUCUCAUGCGAAUACAAAGUGUCCAGAAAUCUUUACCUGCCAAUCUACUUCACUGACUUUGCCGUGUUCUAUGUGGUGCCCCUCAUGCUAGCCACUGUUCUGUAUGGAUUUAUCGCUAGAAUUCUUUUCCUCAACCCCUUGCCAGCAGACCCCAAGGAAAAUACUAAAAAGUGGAAAAAAGAAUCAUGCCAAGGAAAUAGGACGAUGAGCACCAACAAUUCAUCAUUUAGCACAACUGCCCGCUCUCGCAGGCAGGUGACUAAGAUGUUAGCUGUGGUGGUGGUGCUCUUUGCCCUCCUCUGGAUGCCCUAUCGGACGCUGGUGGUGGUCAACUCCUUCCUGGACAAGGCUUACCUGGACCUCUGGUUCCUGCUCUUCUGCCGCAUCUGCAUCUACCUGAACAGCGCUGUCAACCCUGUCAUCUACAACGCCAUGUCUCAGAAGUUUCGCACCUCCUUCAAGAAGUUGUGUCACUGCGGUCCGCAGCGAUUGGAGAAGCCAGCGUCCUACAGCGUGGCCCUGACCUACAGCGUCAUCAAGGACACGACCAAUGGAGAGAGCCCUGACCACUUCACUACUGAGAUGGACGAGCUGGCCACGCCCACACCCAGUGACCAGUUCCUGCCCAGCACCAAGAGGAUGUCAUUCGAGGACCCCUCUCUGUCAGGCAGGGUUGCCCUUAGCACUCCCUGACAGAAAAAGUAACUCCAUGCAGGCAACAAUGAUUAUCUGAAAGGAUAUUCUUAUCCUUAAGCUCUAGUUUGUGAAUUCAAAAUGGUCUCCAGCAGCAUGCUUCUGAUUCUAUUCUAUAACUCAUUUUCUGCAGAGGAAUUUAUUUAAUAUUUGAGCGGUACAAUGACAAACAUUAAAUACCAAAAAUGUGUUGUUAAUAGAGGAAGGAAUGCUUCAUUUCUUUAUCUAGCAUGGUGAAAAUAUAUUCUCCCCUCUCUCUGUAGCCAUCUUAGCACAAAGCACCCAAUUAUAGGCAUUCGUCAAAUUAGUCCUAAACAUUGUGUGACAUAAGCAUUUAAUUUGCAAGGUAUUAAUCAUACUACUUUCACAUACUGAGCAACAGUUGCCAUCUCUGUAAAUUAUUUUCCUAUAAGAGAAAUAUAACAAGGGAAAUAUGUUAUCCCUCUUUUUAUCUGGAAAGGUCUAGGCCAGGUACUCAGUGUGUGUGUGUGUGUGUGUGUGUGUGUGUGUGUGUGUGUGUGUGUGUGUGUGUGUGUGUGUGCAUGUGUAUGCACGUGCGUGUGUUUAAAAGAUAAGCUCACUCUACAGGAGGAGUCAAACUGUCUGGGCUAAGUUGUUUGAUCCAUCCUGCUACUUUGCAUGUUUUAAAACAGCACAGAGAGAAUGUGCACUGACCACAUUUCAAAUGCAGAAUUCAAAGGAGGCAGAGUAUCAAAACCAUCUCUGCUCUAAGGGUGUAAAUAUCACACAUUGCUUUCAAUUGAAACCUGUCUGUCAGGGAAAUAGAGAUGCGGUGGGAAGAAGUUACUUUAAAGGUUACAGAUGAUGAAAAGGACAGAUAGCAAAGCAAUGACACGCCGGAUCUGUCAUUUGUUUGAUUGCGCAAUGCCAUUUGACUUUAUAGUAACCUUAAUGGCUAAAAUGUUCACCUGAUAUGGAAGGUUCCGCAGGGGCUAGUGUAAAAAAUGCAGCAUGGUUAAACAUCAUGUUGUUCUACCCGUAAUGGACUACUGUGGUGUGGAUUCAAUCAAAAACUGUUGAAUGGUCCAGAGCCCAUCGUGAGAAAGAUCUUGGUGACUCAGAUGCCUGGGUGGUUGAUGGUUGUCUCUAGGUCAGGGGCCUGACAUGACCAGACCAAACAUUAUGUUGACAUCUGCAACAGCAGAGACUGAUGGUAGCAUUUCGCCCUAAUGGAUCACCCCAAGCAAAUCCCACAGAGCAAAGGCGAGAUUAGAGGAUUCAUCAAUGCCAAAGUGUUGUACCUGGGAGAUUUGAGGGAGGCUGGUGAGUCAUGGUACAGCCAUAAAGCAUGGGCACAGUGUCAAAAAAACAGAAACAAAAAGCAUAAAAGGAACAAGAAUUGAUUGAAGUUAGAAUUCAAAUAAGAAAAAAAUAGGCAGUUCAUUGUUGUUUAUUUUAUACUGAUGAAACUCCAUCUAUGUCCCUUUUUGGAUGCUGUAAAAAUGCUUGAAAUUGAUUGUGUGGUACCAUGUGAAAUUUAUGUUUUUCAAUGUACGUUUCAGACCUGUGUCUGCCAGUAGAGCUGUUUUGUAAUAACCUAGUUUGUUUUGUUCAGAUUUAUUGUUGGUUCCAAUCAAUGUAUUUUACUAUGGAGCAAUCAAUGUGGAGCUACACUAUUCUUCUUUGGUAACACUACAGCUACAGUAUGUUUCAAAGAAUGUACCUGAAAAAAUGAUCUCUCCCUCUUGCACUUUCAUCUACUGUCUCUGCUGUACAGUUUCCACCAUAAAAGGGAGUGGUGCCUGGUAGCCAGUUUGCAGCAUGGACACUGUAAAACGCAUGAUGUUGUGGUGUGAUUUAAAAAAGAAAUACAUUUAUGUACAGUAUACAGUUUAUCUUCAGUCAGCAAUGUUGUGUAAUCUGGCCUCUCUUGCUGGCAGUUCUCUGCAUUGUGAAAACUGCUCUUGUGG